AUGGAAGCUGUUCAAUCGGAAGCAGCAGCUCCCCACGUGGCAGUUGCUGCGUCGGCGGAGCUCGCUGCAGGGGGGGCGAAUGGCGGAGAUGCGCGCGUCGAUGGCGGAGCGUUGUGCGCGGAUAGCGGCGCGCGCUGGGAUGAAGAGAAAGUGAAACGUGGAGAGACUGGGGAAGGCAGAAUAGGGGAGAAAAACGGAGAAGUAGGGGGAAAAAAUGGGGUCGGAGAAAGCGGAGAAAAGAGGGAAGGUGGGAAAAAACGGGAAGGCGGGGAAGAAGCUGAAGGGGGCGCGAGUGCGCAGGACGCUAAGCCAGCAUCGAAUAACGCCACUAACAGGGACGCGAGCGCGCAGGACGACAAGCCGUUGUCGAAGAACGCUACUAAUGGGGACGCGAGUGCGCAGGAUGACAAGCCGCUGUCGAAGAACGCGCAGAAGAAACUGGCGAAGCGGCAGGCGAUGCAGGAGCGGAAGGAGCGCGAGCGCGCGGAGGCGCAGCAGAAGCGCGCGGAGCAGCAGAAGCGCGCGGAGCAGGAGGCGGCGGCCAAGGAGGCGAGCAUGACGGCGGAGGAGCGCGCGGAGGCCGCCGCGCGGCAGCGGGAGAAGGCGGAGGCGCGGCGGGUGGCGGAGGCGGAGAGGCGGAAGGCGUGGGCGGAAAAGGCGGAGAAGGGUCCGGGGCUGAUCAUUGACUUGGAGUUUGAAGAGCUGAUGGGGGAGCGAGAGCUGUCGAGCCUGCAGCAGCAGGUGAGGGAAGGAGAGGGUUCGAGGUCGUGUACUCAACUGCUUCCCCCCGACUCUCCCCAUCCCAUUCUACCCCCUCUCCCCAUCUCUCCUUCCCCUCAGGUCAUGUUCUCCUACGCUCUGAACCACUGCGGCCCAUCCCCCUGCCGCCUCACCCUCUUCGGCCUCCCGCCAUCCAGCCGCUUCCUGCUCCGCCUGCAUCAGCGCUCAGUUUGCUUUCCAUACCCCACUGUUUCCCCCAUCUUUCCCCCCUCCCCUUUCCUCCCUACCCACCAGGUCAUGUUUUCCUACGCACUGAACCACCGCGCCUCCUCCCCCUGCCGCCUCACCCUAUCCGGCCUCCCCCCAGCCAGCCAGUUCCUGCACCGCCUGCAGCGAAUCGCCGGCUUCGACAGCUGGCACGGCAUGACUGUGGAACCCCGUUCCUAUAUCGAAGCCUGGGCAGGCAGGGAGGGGGAACUGGUGUAUCUGACUGCAGAUGCGGAGGAGGAGGUGGGGGAGGUGGAAGCGGGGAAGGUGUAUGUGGUGGGGGGGAUAGUGGAUCACAAUCGGUACAAGGGGUUGACUAAGGGGAAGGCGGAGAAGCAGGGGAUUAAGACGGCGCGACUGCCCAUUGGGAAAUACCUCAACUUGAAGACUUCCAAGGUAUUGGCUGUGAACCACGUGGUAGACAUCAUGCUGCAGUACCUGCAGCACAGGGAUUGGGAGAAGGCAGUGGCGGCUGUUGUGCCUGAUAGGAAGAAGACGGAUAGACCGGAGGCUCCCAGUGUGGUCGUCGCUGUACCUGCACCACGCCUCUCCGCGCUGGUACCAGUUCGUCACAUCCACAUUCUGCCACGCUGGCUGGAGCCAUCUUUCCAGCAACCUCUUCUUCCUCUACAUAUUCGGUACACUCUCUCUCUUUCUCCUCCCUCCACCUUGCCCCGGCGGCUAAUAGAGAAGGAGGAGGGAACCCUGGGCCUAUGGGUGACCUACCUUGUGACAGGCGCAGGCACCAACCUCGUCUCAUGGCUGCUCUCCUCUCAUGCGCUCUCAUUCACACCCACACCCUCUCGUGCGUGUUUAAACACUCUUUCAGGUCGGCUAGUGGAGGAGGAGGAGGGCACUCUGGGUCGGCUAGUGGAGGAGGAGGAGGGAACCCUAGGCCUGUGGGUGACAUACCUCGUGACAGGCGCAGGUUCGAACCUCGUGUCAUGGCUGCUGCUCCCAUCAUACACCGUCUCUGUCGGUGCCUCCGGUGCCGUCUUCGGCCUCUUCGUCGUCAGCGUCCUCACCCGGCUACAGUGGAACUGGAGGAGGAUCGUGGAGGUGGUAAUUCUGGGGCAGUUCGUUGUAGAAAAGGUGCUAUCAGAGGCGCGUUACUCGGCAAUCAUGGGGGUGGGCAUGGCAGCAGGGUCGGGAGUGAACCACAUCGCCCACUUGGCAGGGGCGCUGCUGGGAGUGCUGCUCAUCUGUCCCCGCCUCUCGCAUCCUCCUCCUCCUCCUGGCCCCCCUUCCUUCUCCUGUCCAUCCCUGCCCUCAACCCUCCUUCAGGUGCUAUCAGAGGCGCGGAACUCGGCAAUCAUGGGGGUGGGCAUGGCGGCAGGGUCGGGAGUGAAUCACAUCGCUCACCUGGCAGGGGCGCUGGUGGGAGUGCUGCUUAUCUGGAUGGUGUCCCGCCUUCCCGAAAGCAGCAACAGCAGCAGGGAUGGUGGGGAGGGGAGUGGAAAAAACCCACGUGUGACAUAG